AUGGAAUUCAAACCAUCCAACACGGCCACGAUUGCGACGAUAGACAAAGGCAACCCGCCGCUACCGGCUAGCUUGCUGCAUCCGCCUGCCUCUCCCACCAAUGUUGGCUGCUGUGCGAUAGGACGCCGCACACCCCCUCGGCCACCGUCGGAGAUCUACUUCGAGAGUCGAGGCAAAUGCUGCAAAAAAUUGCUGCGAUACAACGGAUAUCCUAACAAGGUCUUGUUGUAUCCAGAAGAAGGAUGGGCACGCAGUGCCGCCUCCAGCUACUGGACGAUAUCGCCUUGCCGGUGGCGACGCAAUCGCUGCAUCGUCGAAGAAGUGGCCGGUUCAAGAAAACAAUCCACCCAAGGACAAAUGAUCGUCGUUGGGGAUGGAGCACUACUGAUAGUAGGCACAUUCAAAAGACGAGUUCCUGAUCCUGACUUUAAGCUGUACCUGUCCUCCAACAUCACGCUGGCCGACUACAACAUGGGCUACUGUCUGACGGGAACGCUCGAGCGAGGCGACGCCCGAUCCAACCAAUUUCAGACGACCCACUUUGCCGUGAUCCGGCGGUGUUGGCCGGCUCACGAACCGGACACCUCACAUAAACACCAGCAGCACACCUACAUUGAUUUUCUCUUCAAUCGAUGA